GGAGUUGUUCCUGUGCAUUCCGGUAGCAGAUCUGCGUCACAGGUAGUGCCCCCUUGCAGCAUCCCGAGGAUCUACCAAGACAGUAACAUGAAGCUACCUCUAUUGAGUGUUACUAGGUCCUCUAAAACCCAAUUGAACGUUGAGGGAGCAUGAAAUACAGCUUCACCCAAUUUCCAGGUUGCCGUCCAGUCUCUCCUGUCACUAUUUGCAAAAUUCGCUCUCGAUCUUCUGUAUACUUAUACAGGAUGAAGUUCUGGGGAUUCGGAUCAGCUCUUCUUCUGCUACGCUACAGAGUAGUGGCGUGGCAGCAUUUCGCUCGAGUCGAGGAACUAGAUGCAGCAUUAAGGACCAAUGACCGGACCCUUAUUGCUUAUGUAUUACCACAAGAGGAAGUGAGCCAAGCGCUUGAGCCAGAAUGGAGCUUAGUACAAGAAUCUGAAUGGGGUGAGAAGGCCCUUAGUGUGGACUGCUCAGCCGAGGCAGAACUGUGUCGUCGUUCAGGGGUAUCGUCUUUUCCUGCAAUUCGUCUGCACCACCGAACCGGCCAGCAACAACGUUACCGAGGGGAGCGGAAAGCAAGAUCCAUGCUGAGUUUCCUUGACAGAACUAGCCGGCCGGCACUGUCAUAUGUCACCAAGAACAACGCAACUGCCUUUCGAGAUGUCGACGAUGUCGUGUUCAUUGGCCGUUUCUCGCCGAGCAGCAAGCAUAGUAUCCGGGAAAUCUUCGCUACGGUUGCCAGAAAAUACCAGGACCGGUUCUCAUUUGCCGUGGCCGACAUGGAGCAAAAUGAACAGCAGCCGGCGACUCUCGAGUGCUACAACAACCCUGACGUUGUACACCGUUCAACCGCAGAACUGUUCGGUCCGGCAUCAAUCGAGGCUUUCGUCAAACUCUGCUCAACACCGCUGAUUCCCAAGCUGACAAGGCAGAACGAGUUGUCUUUCUAUGAGACACGAAAGAGUUUGGUCCACUAUUUCGUGUACGACGACCAGGAACGAGAGACAUAUGCCGCUGAGAUUCGUCCGUUGGCAAGGAAAUACGAAGAGUACCUACACUUUGUGACAACGGAUGCGAAUGAAUACCCCGAUGCGGUAGAGAUGAUGGGACUCAAGCCUGGUUCUAGCGGACUCGCUGUGCAGAAUCCAAACAACGGGGACAUCUUUCCUUAUACGAGGAGAGAGAGGAUAACAGCUAGUACGCUCGAAGCUUUCCUGGCUGACAUCAUUCAGGGGAAGGUAAAAGCCUGGAGGGCAGGCAACGCAGAACGUGACGAGUUAUAGGGCAAGGUUGUGGAAUUGUAAUGCAGAACUAACGACAUGACACAAUGGAAAGUUAUAUAGGCCAAGGCCUCCCCUCAAUCCCAUUUAUCCACCGUGACUCAGACUAGA